AUGAUGUUAGGCACCCUUGUGUCUUACUUCGUGAUCCAGGGCUCCGCGUUUGCGGUGGACAGGCCUGAAGACAGGGCUGGCCUGCGCACGGAUGCCGAGGUCCAGGAACACGUUGACUCCGAGUCCAGGCUCGAAACUCCUUACGCACUGGCAGGCCUGGUCAUUUGCGUGGUAGAAUUUGCUUAUCAUUUGUUCGACCAGAGCAGAUCUGCGGGUGCUCUCGAAGGCCUGGUGGACGACAUGAUCGUUGAGGCGUACGUCGAUGACUUAAAAGCGGGCCAGAGUUUCAAUCCGAGGCGCCAUGGCGAAGUUCAGGGACAGCACGUGGGCAUCGCGGUUGAGCGGCGGCCUCGAGGAGGCUUUGAUCAAUGGCCAGGACCUCUCGGAGAUACAGCGCAUGUGCAAGAUCUUGCACCCGUUCUUCAUCAAGUACGACACUGA